AUGGAGCCUCAUAUCCCCUCUGUCAUGAAGGCUAUUCGGUACAACAGGCCGGCGGACUUUGAGCUGGUUGACAUGCCGGUUCCAAUUCCCGAGCCUCACGAGGUGCUCAUCAAAGAUGGCGAGUUCCCCGCACACAUGCCUGUGGUCACCGGACACGAGACGUCGGGCGAGGUGGUCAAUAUUGGCCACGCCGUCAGCGGCUUCCAAAUCGGCGACAGAGUCACGGCUGACAGCACCCAAGAGUGCGGAGCCUGCCGUGCUUGCCAGUCUGGACAGAUCCUCUACUGCCGGGACCUGCAGGGUCGCGGGACGCAGCUCGACGGCGGCUUCGCCGAGUAUUGCACGUUCCCAGCCUCCAAGCUCUUCCACCUCACCAAGCUGUCGUGGAAAGACGCGUCCCUUGCCGAGGCGACAGCUUGCGCCAUUCACGGAAUGGAUCGCAUCCGGCCGGUGAUGGGAGUCGGCUCCACCGUCCUCCAGCUCGGCGCCGGCCCCACCGGACUUUGCCUCUCGCAGCUACUCAAGCUCAGCGGGGCGGUCCACGUCGUCCUAGCCGCUCAUGAAGGUCCGAAGAUGGACCUCGCGAGAGCCCUGAACGUCGCGGACGAGUACAUUGACAUCAGCAGGACGGACCCAGACCACAGCUGGCACCAACUGGCCUGGCUCCACCCCGGCGGUUUCGACGUCGUGGUGGAGGCCACCGGCGAUGUCAGGAUCCUACGCCGAGCCAUCGGCUUCUGCGCGAAAGGAGGCACAGCGGUCCUCUACGGAGUGUACCCACCGGACGAGGAGGUGGUACUGACACCGUCCGCCAUCUUCCUCAAAGAGCUUACUAUCAUCUCAUCCUUCUCGGAAAUGUAUUGCCUGCCAAGAGCCGUGAGGUACCUUGAAAGCGGUAAGGUAGAUGUCACCGGUAUUGUCACGCACACCUUUCCUCUUGAGAAAUUUGGGGAAGCGCUACAGGUGAUUCGCGACAAGAAGUGUGUCAAGGCUACGAUUAUGAUGGAGUGA